AUGGAGUACACUACGGUAUUCACCGGUUGGAAGUGCAAAUCUCGGAAGACCAUGUUUUGUAAGGAGAAUAUGCUUCAGCACACUGCCAAUUGCGCGUACUGCAAAGCAAGCAGGCCAGCGGAGGCUGCGCCUCAGCCAGUGGUCACCGAGGACAAGACCGAGGAUCGGUCGACCACACCAACCCCAAUGGCCUCGUAA